AGCAAAUAAUGGCAGAUCUUCCGGUGGACAGAGUCAGCGAAUCUCGUGCAUUUUUAGUUACCGGCGUGGACUAUUGCGGUCCGUUCCUGUAUAAAUCAGAAGUUCGAAACCGCCCCCCACUAAAGUGCUACAUGAGCAUUUUUAUAUGCUUCUCCACCAAGGCGGUUCACAUCGAGCUUGUGAAGGAUCUUACAACAUCUGCGUUCCUCUCUGCUCUUCGCCGUUUCAUUUGCACCCGUGGAAGACCGAUUCGUAUUUGGUCAGAUAAUGCCACAAAUUUUGUUGGAGCGCGGAACGAACUGGCGGAACUUAAGUCGCUAUUCCUAAGCGACAGUCAUCAAGAAGCCGUGCAUCAAGCUUGUCUCAACGAUUGCAUCGAUUGGCGUUUCAUUCCUCCUAGAUCGCCACAUUUUGGAGGAUUGUGGGAGGCGUCAGUCAAGCUUGCUAAGCAUCAUCUUCGACCUACCCUCGGAUCCUCGCUUCUUGGAUUUGAUGAGCUGCGCACUCUCGCGUGCAAUAUCUGUGCAAUCAUUAAUUCAAGGCCAUUGUUUCCUCUUUCAGAGAACCCUGCAGAUCUCGAUGUACUCACGCCCAGCCAUUUUCUAGUUGGCGCCCCUAUCACAACCUUCUUGGAGCCUGACUUGGUUCAUUUAAACGUCGAUCGCUUGGACCGUUGGCAGAAGGUCACACAGCUUCAGCAAAUUCACGUCAAUGAUGUCGUUCUUGUUAAGGACGAGAACUUCCCUCCUCUGAAGUGGCCUCUAGCGAGAAUCCUCGAGCUCAUCCCAGGAGCUGAUGGCGUAUCUCGAGUCGCCUUGAUCAGGAUGGCUACAGGUGUUAGCCGAAGAGCACUUGCAAAACUAUGUCUAUUGCCUCUACGAGAUGAGGUGAAAGGCAUGGAUCCUUCCACGGGGGGAGUAUGUUCGGGCGAAGCCCGAGUGUAAAUUUUAUACCAUUGUUUUAUUGCCUAUCAAUUCACUUUCUUUUCU